GUAUUAAGAAUAGAUUGUAAGGAAAUUAACACCUAUCUUACUUUUCUUUUGAAUGAUUACCUUAAAAAGACUCUUUUUCCACAAGCUAAAAAAGGCAAUUGUCACGACAAAAUACAAAAAUAAACCCUAAAAAACUUGAAAACUACAAGCCUAUCUCAAUUACUAUCAAAAGUGUGAGAAACUUCAUUAUAGAAACGUUUUAAUGGUAAACUUCUAUCUCAAACCCUUUCAAGCAACACUCAAUAUUGCUUUAGAACAUCAUACAAACCAUUAAAAAAUCUUGACCAUUAAAAAAAUCUCUAGAAGGCAUUUGAUGCUAUUGACUAUAACCAAUUAAGUAAAAACACAAACAACUAAAUUUUCCAUAAUCUGCCCUCGACUAGCCUGCUAAAUUCUUUCAUAAGCGACGAUGUCAGAACCCAAUAGAAAGUAACACUGAAUCAGACUGGAUCUCACUUCAAGAAGGUGUCGCACUUGGCACUGUAUUUGGGCCUCUCAUUUUCAAACUGUACAUCAAUGAUCUUAACAGCAACUGACAAACUAAUGCGAGGUAGUUCAAUAUGCAGAUGACACAUUUCUUUUCUGUGACGAUGAAAACACAUUGAAAUUGCACCACGACAACUUGAAAUAAUUGCAUUAUUUCAUUUAAGUACUUUCGGAGACAAUUAUUCCAAUCUAAUGCUCAAAAACAGAGCUUAUUAUCUUCGGAAGAAAUCAUGUUAGAAAAGAUAUAAAUAUAAGCAAUUGCCCUCAACAAAAUUGUUAUUGAAGAAAAAGUCAAUAUGAACUAUCUCGGAGUAAUUUUAGACCAAUUUUUGACAUUUCGAAUUCACAGUGAUCCUUAAAAAGGGGCCUGUAGGAUUAAAACACUACAGUCGAUCACAAAACCCCUUCUAUCAAAACAAGAAUACUACUCAUGAACGCACUCGUUAUCAGUAACCUACACUAUCCUGGCAUCCCAUUAAUUGGAAUUUCAGCAAAUUUGUCACUCCAUGGAAUAGCAAAAAGAACGUUUAAAAAUGUUUACUUAGUUUUAUUUAAAGAAUAUCCAACAGUGGGCAACCUAUGGAAACACUUCAUCAAAAGAUUUCAAAUUUUUAGUGAAAGUUUCAUAAGAUUGUGGUACUAUCAAUUUAAUGCCUGAGGUUUAUUUGGCACUAAUGAUAAUCAUAAUUUGACUUACACUUGCACGUUUGAAAUUACUUUCAAAUGGCAAAGAAAAUUUGUUUUUAAAAUUUAUACUGUAUAGUUUUCUGUAUAGUUUAUACUGUAUUAGAUAUAUAACUUAAAUUUAUUUUAAUUUUUUUAAAAGCCUGGAGGCGCGUUUUAUAUUGAAUCUCGUGCUGUAAAACCAGUUUUUGUGUAUAAAUGUACAGAAAAUGAUUAAUAAUGGAAAUGAAUAAUAAUGGAAAGUCUGAUCAAGGUGGAAUGUGUUUUAUGCUUAUGAUUAAGAAUAUUGACAUCGGUAUCCUUUGCAGUACUUGACGUAUAGAUUUGCUUCUUUCGAUGGCCUCGGAUUGCGAUUAGGGCAGUUUUUAAUAUUGUGAAUGGCAGCUUCUUUCUGAUGUAAUUCACAGUGUCGGCAUAGGAACAGUCUGUCUUUUCACUCGUCUUCUCGGCAAGCUCAGAAUGGACUUUAAAUAUAUUUUAAUGCCGCAGUAUUUCAGAGGGAACGGUGUGUAAAAUGUGAUAUCAAUAACUGUCGAAAUGAGUAAACGUGUUAAUCCCUUUCACCAAAAACAAAAGAGUUUAAAUAAGGCCAAAAGACUAUAUGCAGAGCAGAACAAGCAGGAAGAAGAUGCAGGAACAUAUCAUUUAACAGAAUAUGUGUUCAGAGAUGGACUGAGAUUUGUGAAUCCAUAUUAUUAUACGUUUAAGUCUUACGUGAAGAAGCGAUGGGUUGGCUCAAAGUUGAAAGAUAUUUAUGUCAAUGAGUUCAGAGGCGAGUCAGAAGAAACCCUACUGAAAAGAUUUAAAGCUGGUAAUAUCAAAGUGAACGGUGAUCCUGUUGAAGCUGACUAUUUGAUAAAGGAUAAUGACUUCCUGGAAGCUACAAUGCACAGACAUGAGAUGCCAGUCAAAUCCGAUGAACUCAGCAUUCUGCAUAAUGAUAACAAUUUUUAUGUUGUCAACAAACCAGCUUCUAUCCCUGUUCAUCCAGCUGGCCGUUUCAGAUAUAAUAGUUUGUCUUUUAUUCUAGGUAAAACAUAUGGUUUGAAAAACUUGAGCACUGUCCACCGGUUGGAUAGACUGACUUCGGGCUGUCAGAUAUUUGCUAAGAAUUUGAAAACUUCACAACAGUGUUUCGAGGCAUUGAAGAAUAGAAAAGUAUCCAAAAUGUAUGUGACUGGACUGCAUGGCGAUUUUUCGUCUGAAGAAAUAAGAUGCGAUGCCCCGAUUGCACCUAUAUGCAGUCGAAUUGGUAUCAAUGCAGUGUCUGAAUCACGUGGUCAGAACAGUGUGACCAUUUUUAACAAAGUGCUGUACGACCGAGACAAAGAUAUCAGCGUGGUGUUAUGCCAACCGCUGACUGGCAGGACCCACCAGAUCAGAGUGCAUGCUCAAUACCUGGGACACCACGUGAUUAAUGAUCCACUCUACGGCACAGAUGCAUGGGGCAAUAGUGAAGGGAGGAACAUUGACGAUUUGAAGGAAGAUGAACAGCAGGCAAUCAUUGCCAAAUUGAAGGCCGAACAUGACAACAGCUGUGGCAUGGAAUGGCGUAAGAAGAACAAGUUCAUCAAACACACAAAAACGGAAGAAGAACUGAAGGCAGCAACAGACACACAAAGUGCACAGUUUGACCCAAUUUGCGAGGAGUGUGGAGUUGAUUACGAAGAUCCGCCUCUUAAUCAGCUGGAGAUCUAUCUGCAUGCGUAUAAGUAUCAAAUGCUUCACCAAACAUUUACCGCCCCUCUACCACAUUGGGCUGCUCAUCAUUCAGAGAGCAUUGAGAGGCUUGCAAAUAAGUUAUUUCAAGCUGGAAUCAAGGAUGAAGAAAAACCAGACGAGUGCACAGUUGAAAGUAAUCAGAAGGCAAAGGGAAAAGAAGAGAUAGAUAAGAAGUCUUUAGAUAAUAUUUUACCUGCAAAGUGCUUAAAAACUGAAAUCAUGUAGUUUUUGUUUUUGAAAAUAUAGUGUUUUCAAUUGU